UAUCACAUUCACAUUGAGUGUCAACUUUAGCUCAAGGUCUUAUCACGGCCGAUUCAAGUGGUCAUGUUCAGUUAGUCGUUAUUAUAGAAAAUAGUCGUUAUUAUAAAAAAUAAUUAUUAAAAUGGCUGGCGUUUAUAGAGCUGUUAUAAAAGUUGCUGAUAAAUUUGUACCAUCGAAAUUGCGUCCUCUAUGGGAACAUGAAGCUGGUCCAAAAACUAUUUUCUUCUGGGCCCCAGCAUUUAAAUGGGGCUUGGUGAUGGCUGGGUUGGGUGACUUGAAUCGGCCCGUGGAAUCUUUGUCCUUACCACAAUCUGUGUCACUUGCGGCAACGGGUCUCAUCUGGUCUCGUUAUUCUCUUGUCAUUUUACCAAAGAACUACAGUCUUUUCGCUGUUAAUGUUUUUGUCGCUAUAACAAACUUGUAUCAAAUAGGCAGAGCUAUAAAACAUCAACAAAAUCUUAAAAAGAAAGAAUAGGUAACAAUGAUAAUUAGAUUUCACUGUAGUACCUCUUCAAGAAUGACAUUUAUAGUUAGCGUAACUAGAAAAUUAGAGAGAUAAUCUCACUGGGUAAUUAAGUGUUAUUUAUUUUUAUAGUUUAUACAAUGGGUUUAUACAUGUAAAAUCUGAAGCUGGGUAUCAUAAUUUUUUUGUAUUAUUAUUUAUUGUAGUAGUAUUGGCGUUAUAAAUUAUGUAACUUUUAUUUUCAAAAUAAUAUUAUUGUUCAUUGACUGUGUAAGUAAAUAAUUAAAAGAUAUGCGUAUUCAACUGUGAUAAAUAAAAAUACGUGUAAUAUAUUUUAGACAACAAGACGCCAUUUAUUCGGCGACUAGAUGAACAAACUAACAAAGUACCUUGAAUUAGAUUGUAAUAAAUAUGAAGUUUCCAUAUUUUUUUUUUCUUUAGCUUUCCCGCGAUUUGGUACUGCCUAUGACGUCACACUUUAAAUCCAAUUGCAACUGUCCCUUUUUUUAAAUAUUAAACAAUAACCAAAAUAGUUAUUUUUUAAAUAUUUUAGUGACGUCUGACAACUGAAGAUGUUGCAUCUAUUUAAAAAGAUAAAUAAAAAAAAAAUAGUUAUGAAAACCAAUUUCUAAGGCUGUAAUCUCAUAAUUACUAAGUUAUUGGAAACUUUGUAAUUAAUACAAUAAGAUUGCACAAAUAUAAUUGUCAGUUUCUUUCAAAUCUGCCAAUAUGGCAAUAUAAUAUUUGUGAUAAAAUUCGAUUUUGGCUGAUAUUCUUAACGAUUUAAUCGUUUAAAAAAAGAAUUUCAGCGUGAAUACCGUUUUUUAUGGAAAAAAUAUUGUUACAUUAAAUUAUCGUUUCAGAAAAAUUUAUCGACUAUUUUUGUAAUGGCCUUUUAUCUAUUAGAAAAAUAUAUUUUUACAUUUCA